UUUCGCUCGGAACAGACCCAGGAGAGCAUUCAGCGUUUUGAGCAACAGGCAGGGCUGAGAGAUGCUGGCUACACACCUCACAAGGGCCUUACCACCGAGGAGACCAAGUACCUUCGAGUGGCAGAAGCACUCCACAAACUAAAGCUACAGAGUGGAGAGGUAGCGAGGGAAGAGAAGCAGCCGGCCUCCACCCAGUCCACCCCCAGCAGCACCCCCCACUCUUCCCCCAGGCAGAAGCCGAGAGGCUGGUUCUCUUCGGGCUCUUCCAUAGCCCUACCUGGCCCACAUUUUAGCACCAUGGAUUCUGGGGAUAAAGACAGAAACUCGGCAGAUAAAUGGAGCCUCUUUGGACCAAGAUCCCUCCAGAAGUCUGAUUCGGGAGGCUUUGCCACCCAGCCCUACAGAGGCGCCCAGAAGCCUUCUCCAAUGGAACUGAUGCGCAUGCAGGCCACGCGGAUGGCCGACGAUCCAGCCACCUUCAAGCCGCCCAAGAUGGACCUCCCAGUGAUGGAAGGGAAGAAACAACCGCCUCGGACCCAUAAUCUCAAACCCCGGGACUUGAAUGUGCUCACACCCACCGGCUUCUAGAGCUUUCUCUUCCAUUGACUGAAUCGAGGUGUCUUGCACCCACUUCCUUAUUACCCUGGUUCUGACAUAGGAAUGGUUUGGUUUUUGUUUUUUUAAACCUUAACCUGGGGCUAGAACUGGAGACAUUAUUGGUUUUUGAGAAACAUUAGUGCAAAGCUGUCCUGUGUGGAAGAAGCCAUUGUGCAUUGCUUUAAUUUGAAGUUAGACUGAAUACUCUCAGCAGUGACGUAUGGAGGCCGGAUCACCUGUUUUUGCAUUAUUUAGCCUAGACAAGAACUUGAUCAUUGCUUACGAGGUAGAUAAUGCUUAUGUUGUUCCCAAACCAAGACUUCUUGAUUCCUUUAAAGACCAGGGUCAGCGAGGGCAUGGGUAAGUCAGGGAGUAGAGGUGCUCACUGUCUAGUCUCUGGCCCUCUUGGCGGCUGGUGCUGUGGGCUCCAUCCUUGUGGCUGUGGGGACCUACGAUCUGUUUGAGAUCUGGGCACGAAGAAAAGCCAGACUUGGCAGGGACCCUUCUCCUGCGUGGAGACCGGAGCCCUGGCUCUAGCUUUCGGGCAGAGCCAGUUCCUACUGUGAUGCCUCCAGGGCAGUUCUGCUGGGCGGCGCUUCUCUUCACCUGUCAGCAAACACAAGUCUUGCAUAUCCUCUGCUGCACUUUAAAGUGAGAUUAAGGUAACUCCAAUUUGGUAGGAAAGUUUCUAAGGGAGAAAAUGCAGCCUACUGCUUUGGUGUAGAUUAAUGGAUGUUAAGGUUUUUAAAAUAAAGAUGGUGGUAACUAUA